AUGAUCCGGGGCGCCCGGCCCUCAGCGGCCGGCGGAGGAAGCGCGGAGCCCCCUGAACGCGCGGGCCCCGGGCGGCCGUGGACGAGGAACCCGCCCGGCUCCGGCUCCGGCUCCGACCCCGACUCGUCUCUCCCCGGGCGCGGAGCGGCGCUGCACACCCCGGGCCGAGGCGCGCGGCGGAGGGCGGCAAAGUUCAGCCCGGGCCGCCCGGGAUGGUGGGCGCUGCUGGCGCUCCAGCUGCACUUGCUCCCCGCGCUGGCGCAAGAUGAUGUCGCCCCAUAUUUUAAAACGGAGCCAGGCCUGCCACAGAUCCACCUGGAAGGGAACCGCCUUGUGCUCACGUGCCUGGCUGAAGGAAGCUGGCCUUUGGAAUUCAAGUGGAUGCACAAUGACAGUGAGCUCACCUCCUACAGCAGCGACUAUAAGUAUAUCAUCCCAUCUUUACAGAAGCUGGAUGCUGGGGUUUAUCGCUGUGUGGUACGGAACCGGAUGGGAGCCCUCUUGCAGAGGAAGCUGGAAGUUCAAGUGGCAUAUAUGGGAAAGUUCAUGGACACAGACCAGAGGGAAACAGUUUCUCAAGGCCAUGCUGCAGUUCUAAACUUACUGCCCAUCACCAGCUGCCCCAGACCUCAAGUGACUUGGUUUAGAGAAGGGCACAAGAUUAUUCCCAGCAGCAGAAUAGCCAUCACCCUGGAGAACCAGCUGGUGAUCCUCGCAACCACAGUGAGCGAUGCAGGAGCCUACUACGUGCAGGCCGUCAACGAGAGGAAUGGAGAGAACAAGACCAGCCCGCUCAUUCAUCUGAGCAUAGCCAGAGACAUUGGUGUCCAGGAAGCCAUGGCCCCAGUCAUUGUGGUUGCCCCAGGCAACAGGAGUGUGGUGGCAGGGUCCAGUGAGACCACCCUGGAGUGCAUAGCCAAUGCCAGGCCCGUGGAAGAGCUGAGCGUGCACUGGAAGAGAAACGGAGUAAGACUCACGAGCGGGCUGCACAGCUUUGGGAGACGACUCACCAUCAGCAACCCGACGUCAGCGGACACGGGGCUGUACGUGUGCGAGGCCAUGCUGCGGGGCAGCGAGUUCGAGCCAGCCCGAGCCAAAGCCUUCCUUUCCAUAAUAGAGCCACCGUAUUUUACCGCUGAACCCGAGAGUCGGAUUUUAGUUGAAGUGGAAGAAACCGUGGACAUCGCGUGUCAGGCCAUGGGGGUCCCUCUUCCCACCCUCCAGUGGUACAAGGACGCUAUCCCGCUUGUCAAGCUUCGGAACCCUCGGUACAGAGUGCUCCCCAGCGGAGGCUUGCGCAUCCAGAAGCUGCAUCCAGAGGAUUCCGGAAUCUUCCAGUGCUUUGCCAGCAAUGAAGGAGGAGAGAUCCAGACUCACACCUACCUGGAUGUGACCAAUAUUGCUCCUGCCUUCACCCAGCGUCCAGUGGAUACCACGGUUACUGAUGGGAUGACGGCUGUUUUGAGGUGUGAGGUGUCUGGGGCUCCCAAGCCUGCCAUCACUUGGAAGAAAGGAAGCCACAUUCUGGCCAGUGGCUCUGUCCGGAUUCCUCGGUUCAUGCUGCUAGAGUCCGGGGGGCUGAGGAUAGCCCCCGUCUUCAUCCAGGACGCUGGCCACUAUACCUGCUUCGCCGCAAACACCGAGGCCUCCCUGAAUGCAUCAGCCAUGCUCACUGUGUGGAAUCGAACCUCCAUCAUCCACCCGCCCGAGGACCGCGUGGUCAUCAAGGGGACCACGGCAACGCUGCACUGUGGAGCCACCCAUGACCCCCGGAUUUCUCUGAGCUACGUUUGGAAGAAGGACAAUGUGGUCAUCACACCAUCUGGCAGCUCUAGAAUUGUGGUGGAGAAAGAUGGAUCCCUUCUUAUUAGUCAGACGUGGUCAGGGGACAUCGGAGACUACACCUGUGAAAUUAUCUCUGAGGGAGGGAAUGAUUCCAGAACAGCCAGGCUGGAAGUGAUCGAGCUGCCUCACCCGCCUCAGAACCUCCUGGCUGGCUUGAGCCCCUCGCGUAGUCACACGGUGACGCUGUCCUGGGUUCGCCCCUUUGACGGAAAUAGCCCGGUGCUCUACUACAUCGUGGAGCUGUCUGAAAACAACUCUCCGUGGAAAGUGCAUCUGUCAAACGUUGGCCCAGAGAUGACGAGUGUCACCGUGAGCGGCCUGACUCCGGCCCGCACCUAUCAGUUCAGGGUGUGUGCGGUCAAUCAAGUGGGCAAAGGCCAGUACAGCGCAGAGACCAGCAGGUUGAUGUUACCCGAAGAACCACCCAGUGCACCCCCAAAAAACAUCGUGGCCAGCGGGCGGACCAACCAGUCCAUCAUGGUGCAGUGGCAGCCGCCCCCAGAGACAGAGCACAAUGGGGUGCUGCGUGGGUACAUCCUCAGGUACCGCCUGGCCGGCCUCCCUGGGGAAUACCAACAAAGGAACAUCACAAGCCCCGAGGUCAACUACUGCCUGGUCACCGACCUCAUCAUCUGGACACAGUACGAAAUCCAGGUGGCUGCCUACAACGGGGCUGGCCUGGGCGUCUUCAGCAGGGCGGUGACCGAGUACACCUUACAAGGAGUGCCCACGGCACCCCCCCAGAACGUGCAGGCAGAAGCCAUGAACUCCACCACCGUGCAGUUCCUGUGGAACCCUCCUCCCCAGCAGUUCAUCAAUGGCAUCAACCAGGGGUACAAGCUUCUGGCCUGGCCAGCAGAUGUCCCCGAGGCCGUCACGGUCGUCACCAUCGCUCCUGACUUCCAUGGGAUCCACCACGGAUACAUAACGAACCUGAAAAAGUUCACGGCUUACCUCACAUCAGUCCUUUGUUUCACCACCCCGGGGGACGGGCCUCUGAGCACACCUCAGCUGGUGUGGACGCAUGAGGACAAACCAGGAGCUGUGGGACAUCUGAGCUUCACAGAGAUUCUGGACACAUCUCUCAAGGUCAGCUGGCAGGAGCCCCUAGAGAGAAACGGCAUCAUUACGGGUUACCAGAUUUCCUGGGAAGUGUAUGGCAAGAACAACUCCCGGCUCACGCACGCCCUCAACAGCACAACGCAUGAGUAUAAGAUCCAAGGACUGUCGUCCCUCACCACCUACACCAUCGACGUGGCUGCCGUGACGGCCGCUGGCGUGGGCCUGACCACAUCAUCCACCAUCUCCUCCGGGGUACCCCCAGAUCUUCCCGGUGCCCCAUCCAACCUGGUCAUUUCCAACAUCAGCCCUCGCUCGGCCACACUUCAGUUCCGACCUGGCUACGAUGGGAAGACGGCCAUCUGCAGGUGGAUUGUACAGGGGCAGGUUGGUGCCAUUGGUGAUGAGGAGGAGUGGGUCAGCCUCUAUGAGGAGGAAAAUGAGCCCGACGCCCAGACACUGGAGAUCCCAAACCUUAUACCCUACACCCACUACAGAUUUCGAAUGGGACAAGUGAACAUCGUGGGCCCGAGCCCCUUCAGCCAGUCCUCCCGGGUCAUCCAGACCCUGCAGGCCCCGCCUGACGUGGCUCCCAGCAGCAUCACGGUCCGAACGGCCAGCGAGACCAGCCUGAGGCUGCGCUGGGUGCCCCUGCCUGAUUCUCAGUACAAUGGGAACCCUGAGUCGGUGGGCUACAGGGUGAAGUACUGGCGCUCAGACCUGCCAUCCUCAGUAAUGGCCCAAGUUGUCAGUGACCGGCUGGAGAGGGAGCUGACCAUCGAGGAGCUGGAGGAGUGGACGGAAUACGAGUUGAGGAUGCAGGCUUUCAACGCCAUCGGCGCAGGGCCUUGGAGCGAGCUGGUGCGGGGCCGGACGCGGGAGUCAGUUCCCUCAGCCGCCCCCGAAAACGUAUCCGCCGAGGCUGUCAGCUCGACCCAGAUUCUACUGACGUGGGCUUCAGUCCCAGAGCAGGACCAGAACGGUCUCAUCUUAGGCUACAAGAUCCUGUACCGGGCCAAGGACCUGGACCCCGAGCCCAGAAGCCACGUCGUGCGAGGGAACCACACGCAGUCCACACUGCUGGCCGGCCUGCGCAAGUUCGUGCUCUAUGAGCUCCAGGUGCUGGCCUUCACGCGCAUCGGGAACGGGGUGCCCAGCUCGCCUCUCAUCCUGGAGCGCACCAAAGAUGACGCCCCAGGCCCCCCGGUGCGGCUAGUGUUCCCUGAAGUGAGGCUCACAGCAGUUCGGAUCGUGUGGCAACCCCCCGAGGAGCCCAACGGUGUGAUUCUUGGAUACCAGAUCGCCUACCGCCUGGCCAGCAGCAGUCCCCACACCUUCACCACCGUGGAGGUUGGUGCCACAGUUCGGCAGUUUACGGCCACAGAACUGGCCCCAGAGUCUGCGUACAUCUUCAGGCUGUCUGCCAAGACAAGGCAGGGAUGGGGGGAGCCAUUGGAAGCCACAGUGAUCACCACUGAGAAGAGAGAGCGACCAGCACCCCCCAGAGAGCUCCUGGUGCCCCAGGCAGAAGUGACGGCACGAAGCCUCCGGCUCCAGUGGGUGCCCGGCAGUGAUGGGGCGUCCCCCAUCCGCUACUUCACCGUGCAGGUGCGGGAGCUGCCGGGGGGACAGUGGCAGACCUACUCCUCGUCCAUCAGUCAUGAGGCCACAGCCUGUGCCGUGGAAAGGCUGAGGCCCUUCACCUCCUACAAGCUGCGCCUGAAAGCCACCAAUGACAUUGGGGACAGCGACUUCAGUGCAGAGACAGAGGCGGUGACCACUCUGCAAGAUGUUCCAGGAGAGCCACCAGGGUCUGUCUCAGCAACGCCGCACACUACGUCCUCAGUUCUGAUCCAGUGGCAGCCUCCUCGGGAUGAGAGCCUGAAUGGCCUUCUGCAGGGCUAUAGGAUCUACUACCGUGAGCUGGAGUCCGAGGCGGGCACGGGCCCCGAGGCCAAGAUGCUCAAGAGCCCCUCUGCCUUACGCGCUGAGCUGACAGCCCAAAGCAGCUUCAAGACCGUGAACAGCAGCUCCACAUUAACGACGUAUGAAUUAACACAUCUGAAGAAAUACCGGCGCUACGAAGUGAUCAUGACAGCCUAUAACAUCAUUGGGGAGAGCCCAGCCAGCGCGCCUGUGGAGGUCUUCGUGGGUGAGGCCGCUCCAGCAAUGGCUCCACAGAACAUCCAAGUGACCCCGCUCACAGCCAGCCAGCUGGAGGUCACGUGGGACCCACCGCCCCCAGAGAGCCAGAAUGGGAACAUCCAGGGCUAUAAGAUUUACUACUGGGAGGCCGACAGCCAAAACGAGACAGAGAAGAUGAAGGUCCUCUUCCUCCCCGAGCCCAUGGUGAAGCUCAAGAACCUGACCAGCCACACCCAGUACAUGGUCAGCAUCUCAGCCUUCAAUGCGGCCGGCGAUGGACCCAAGAGCGACCCGCGCCAGGGACGCACACAUCAGGCCGCUCCUGGAGCCCCCAGCUUCCUGGUGUUCUCAGAAAUAAUGUCCACCACCCUCAAUGUGUCCUGGGGAGAGCCCGUGGCAGCGAAUGGCAUCCUGCAGGGCUACCGUGUUGUGUAUGAGCCCCUGGCACCAGUGCAAGGAGUGAGCAAGGUGGUGACCGUGGACGUGAAAGGGAACUGGAAACGGUGGCUGAAGGUGCGGGACCUCACCAAGGGAGUGACGUACUUCUUCCGUGUCCAAGCACGGACCAUUGCCUACGGCCCCGAGCUCCAAUCCAAUGUCACAACCGGGCCCGCGGAGGGUGCCCCAGGCUCCCCCAGAAAUGUCCUGGUCACCAAGUCUGCCUCUGAGCUGACCCUGCAAUGGACGGAGGGAAAUGUCGGGAACACGCCCACCACAGGCUUCGUCAUAGAAGCCAGGCCCUCAGAUGAAGGGUUGUGGGACUUGUUUGCGAAGGACAUUCCCCGGAGCGCCACAUCAUAUACCGUAGGCCUGGACAAGCUGCGACAGGGGGUGGCCUAUGAGUUCCGUGUGGUGGCCGUGAACGAGGCCGGCUUCGGGGAACCCAGCCGCCCCUCCACAGCAGUGUCUGCAGAAGCAGAAGCCCCGUUCUAUGAGGAGUGGUGGUUCCUGGUGGUGACGGCGCUCUCCAGCCUCCUCCUUGUCCUGCUCGUGGUGUUUGCGCUGGUCCUGCACGGCCAGAGCAGGAAGUACAGGAACUGUGGCACAGGUAAGGGCAUAUCCACCAUGGAGGAGUCUGUAACCUUGGAUAACGGAGGAUUCGCUGCCUUGGAACUCAACAGCCGUCACCUCAAUGUCAAGAGCACUUUCUUGAAGAAGAACGGGACAAGGUCCCCACCCCGGCCGAGCCCCGGGGGUCUGCACUACUCCGACGAGGACAUCGGCAACAAGUACAACGGUGCCGUGCUGACCGACAGUGUGAACCUCAAGGAGAAGUCGGUGGAUGGGUCGGAAUCCGAGGCCUCCGACUCGGAUUACGAGGACACCCUGCCCAAACACUCCUUCGUCAACCACUACAUGAGUGACCCCACCUACUUCAACUCUUGGAAACGGCGGCCCCCGGCCGCGACGCCGCACAGGUACGAGGCGGUGGCCGGGGCCGAGUCGGGCCCCCCGCUGCACACGGUCGUCACCACGCAGAGCGCGGGCGGCGUCUACACACCGGCCGGCGCCGGCGCCCGCGCCCCGCUCACCGGCUUCUCCUCCUUCGUGUGACUGGAGCCUCCAUCAGGGUAGACCGGUGCAGCAGAACUCCAGGAGUCUUAUUUUUGUUAAGACAAUCAACUCCGAUAACUGAGCUCAAGGUUUUUUUUUGUUUUGUUUUGUUCUCACAAAAGGAACAGG